AUGCCGCCCAUGCGGGGGCGCAAGCACCUGGCAGCCGCCGCCGCAGCCAUAGAGGAGAACGAUGUGAAAAUGGGAAAGCAAGAGAUGCCACAGGCUCAUGCCGAGUGGGGAGGCAUGCGGUGUGGACGUGGAUGCGGACGGGGGAGGCACCCCACGACUGCAGCUGCCACCGAGGAGAACGGCGCAGAAGAGAGAACUCAAAAACCAAGACACACAAGAAAACGUAGGAGGGAUCCUGUUGAUGACCCCUCUUCUCUUGAGUCUCGGACCACAAGACUUAGGCCGAGGCGGACUGCUCCGGUGGUAGCUGAUACACCUAAUAAGGUGGAAAAGGAUAGCAAAAAGAAAGAAUCAACUUCAAACAUGUGUCAUCAAUGCAUGAGGGGCAAAGGAAGAAUUGUGCAGUGUCUAGGCUGCAAAGACAGAGACUAUCUGAGGAGAUACUGCCAGAUGUGCAUGCGCUGGUAUCCACAAUUAACAGAAGAUGACUUUGAGAAUAAUUGUCCAUCUUGUCGGAAUAUUUGCAACUGCAAGAUUUGUCUGCGGAAAAAUAUAAUAAAGAAGGUUGACAAAUGGGAAGUAUCUGAAGGAGAUAAAAUUAAAUACUCCCUUCGGGUUGCACACUAUUUACUCCCAUGGUUGAAAGAUUUGCACCAUGUGCAGAUGAAAGAGAAAAGUGUAGAGGCAACAACGAAAGGCAUUGAUGCAUGCGAAGUAAAGAUUCCUCAAUCUAACUACAAACCAAAUGAGCGGAUAUACUGUAACAACUGCAGAACAUCUAUAGUUGACUUUCACAGAAGCUGCAAUAAAUGUUCCUAUGAUCUCUGCCUCAGCUGCACCCAGGAGCUUCGUCAUGGACUUAGUCCUGGUGCUACUGCUGCAAGUGGCAUGGUCCUUACAGAACCUGGGGUGGAAGGCAAUGAAGAUUUGCAACAGGGAAGUAGUCACAAUAACAUUGCUUGUCAAAAGCCUUUUGAUGGACAGAAUGACGUUUUGAUGGAUAGCACAGUUCCUGUUGAGGAUAGUGCUCCUGGUUUGAGACAAUGGAAGGUAAAUAGCGAUGGAAGCAUACCUUGCCCGCCAAAUACAUUUGGUGGUUGCGGAGAUGCUGUUCUUGAACUUAAGUCAUUGUUGGAGGAGAAUGCUAUUUCUGACUUACUGGAGAAGGCCAAUUUAGUUGUCAAAAAUGAAGGAAUGCUGGAAGCUGGAGUCCCAAAAUGUUCCUGCUUUACUGAGUCUGGUGAGAUGAGCAAUGGAGCGUCACAGAAAAUGGCUUGUAGGGAGAAUUCGAGAGACAACUACAUAUAUUGCCCGAAUGCUAGAGAUGUUCAAAAUGGAUCUUUAGAUCAUUUCCAGGAGCACUGGUUGAAGGGUCAGCCUGUUAUUGUUCAUGAUGUGCUUGAGUUAACUUCUGGAUUAAGCUGGGAACCAAUGGUUAUGUGGCGGGCUUUACGAGAACAGAAAGACAAGAAUACAGAUGAGCGCCUCACUGUUAACGCUCUCGAGUGCCUUGCGUGGUCUGAGGUUGAAAUAAACAUGCACUUCUUUUUUAAUGGGUAUUCCCGUGGAGCUGUUGGUCCAGAGGGUCUGCCCAUGUUACUAAAGCUUAAAGAUUGGCCACAACACAGCUCAUUUGAGGAACGACUGCCACGACAUGGUGCUGAGUUCAUGUCUGCUUUGCCAUUUCGUGAAUAUACCGAUCAUAAAUCUGGUCCUCUUAAUCUGGCUGUGAAGCUUCCAGAAGAAGUCAUAAAGCCAGACCUUGGUCCAAAAACUUACAUAGCGUAUGGCGUUGCCCAGGAAUUAGGAAUUGGUGAUUCUGUCACCAAGCUUCAUUGUGACAUGUCUGAUGCGGUCAAUAUCCUCACACAUACUGACGUAAUAAAGCUCAAAUCACAAAGGUUAACAUCGAUUGAGAAGAAGAAAAAGAGUUUGGCCAUAAAGGAAGAAAACACAAAUCUUCAAGCUUCACAAACAGAUCCUGAUUUUGGACAUGGCUCUAGCAUUCAGCAGCCAUUAUCUGGUGUGGGUUUAGAAGAGCGGGAGGGGGUUCACAAAGAUGUGGUAGCUGAUAAAGCCGAGGGAAACUUUACUGUGGGGCGAUCGACCAUUGAAGGUGAUGUAGAUCACGUGGAUAUGGUAGCUGAUAAAGCUGAUGGAAGCUUGACUGUGAAUGGGCGAACCUUCAUUGAAGGUGAUGUUGAUCAUGUGGAUCUUUCCAUUUCCAAGGAGAAAAUAGAAGGCAUAGUUAGUGCGAAGGAUAGGGUGGAUCAUGGUUCUAGCAGUGAAGAUAAAAGUGGAUCUCCAGAUAAUGCAGAAGGAACCUCUGAACCUACUGGUGGUCAAAAACGCGAAAGGAGUGGCUGUCAUUCUUCUAAUGCAUCAAAGGAAAAAAAGAAAACGACCACAGAAUAUAAGGUGAACGGAAUAUCUCUUGAGCCAAUAGAUGAUGCUGACCCAUUUGUAGAGGGUAACCAGCCAGCGGGUGGUGCAUUGUGGGACAUAUUCCGAAGGGAAGAUGUCAGCAAACUACAACAGUAUCUUCUGAAGCACUCAGAGGAGUUUAGGCAUUACAAUUAUGAACCAGUGAAGCAGGUUAUUCACCCUAUACAUGAUCAGUGCUUUUACCUAACAAAUGAGCACAAGAGAAAGCUUAAAGAAGAAUAUGGAGUCGAGCCUUGGACAUUUGAACAGAACCUUGGUGAUGCAGUCUUUAUCCCUGCAGGAUGUCCCCACCAAGUCAGAAAUUUGAAGUCAUGUAUAAAGGUCGCACUUGACUUUGUUUCUCCGGAAAAUGUACAAGAGUGCAUCAGGCUGACAGAAGAAUUUCGCCUGCUUCCAGUAGGGCAUAGGGUGAAUGAAGAUAAGCUAGAGAUCAAGAAGAUAGCUUUUCAUGCAAUCAAACAAGCCAUUGAGGAUAUCACCAAAAAGGAUGACAAGGAAAGAGAUGACCACCAAGGAGGUGCAAAGUACAAAGCAAAAGUCAAAGCGGAUGGAAGAGGAAGAGGAACAGUAGCAGGGAGAGGGAGAGCGACGGGGAGGGUGAUAGGGAGAGGGAGAGGGAUGAGAGGAAGAGGAAGAGGAAAAGGAAGAAAGAGAGCAACAUUGGAAGGAUGCAGUAGUGAUGAAGUUGAAGAUCAACCUGGUCCAAGUGAGCCUGCAGAGAUGGGAGAUGAUGAAAAACAAUCACCUGAAGCCAUGUCUGGAGCUGAAGAUGAACCUGCUGAAAUAGAGGAGGGCCAGGAAAAAUCAGCUCUGUACAGGUCUGUAGUAGAAGAUGAACCUGCAGAAACGAAAGAACAUCAAAAGGAAUCAGGUCAAGCCAUGUCUGAAGAUGAAGUUGAACCUGCAGAAAUGGACCAAGUAAAGUCAGCACAGGACUUGUCUGAAGUUAAAGAUGGAUCUAUGAAAAUGGAUGAAGACAGAGGACAAUCACCUCAGGACAUGUCUGAAGCUAAAGAUGAACCUGCAGAGAUGGAGGAUCACCAAAAACAAUCAGCGCAGGACAUGUGUAGAAUUACAGAUGGACCUGUAGAAGGGGAGGAGAAGCAUAAACAAUCAGCUGAUUGCAUGCCAGAAGCUAAAGAUGAACGUGCAGAACAGGAGGGUCACCAAAAACAAGCUGGUGGCAUGCCUGAAGAUAAAGAUAAUCCUGCAGGGAUUGAGGGGCACCAAAAACAACAAGGUGAUGAAGUUCAUGAUAAACCUGAUCCAAGUAAGCCUGCAAAAACGGAAGAGCACCAAGAGCAGCUAGCUCACGACGUGUCUGGAGAUAAAUGUGAACCUGCAGAAAUGGAAGAACACCAAAAACAACCAGCUCUAGCUGUGUCUGAGGUUGAAGAUGGACCUGCAGAGAUGGAGCAGCAAGAACAAUCAGCUCAGGACAUGUCUGAGGGUAAAAACGAGCAUGUAGAAAUGAAGGAGCACAAUGAUCAAUCUGUUCAGGACAUGCCUGAAGCUAAAGAUGGUUCUGCACACAUGGAGGAGCAAGAACAAUCAGUUGAGGACACGUCUGAAUUGGAAGCUAAGCCUGUAGAAAAGGAAGAGCUCAAAGAACAAUUAGUUCAGGAUGUGUGCGAAGCUAAAGAUGGACCUGCAGAAACAGAGGAGCAGCAGAAGCAACCAGCUGAUGGCAUGUCUGAAGCUAAAGAUGAGCCUGCAGAAACAGAGGAGCACCAGAAGCAACCAGCUCAGGCAAUGCCAACCAUGCCUGAGGCUAAAGAUGGGCCUGUAGAAAUGAAGGAACAGAAAGAACUAUCUGCUCAGGAAAUGCCUGAAGCUAAAGAUGGACCUGCUGAUAUGGAGGAGCAAGACCAAUCAGUUGAGGACACGUCUGAAUUGAAAGCUAAGCCUGUAGAAAUGGAGGAGCUUGAAGAACAAUUAGUUCAAGACAUGUGUGAAGCUAAAGAUGGUCUUGCAGAAGUGGAGUGCCAAAAGCAACUAGCUACUGGCAUGUCUGAAGCUAAAGAUGAGCCUGGAGAAACAGUGGAGCACCAGAAGCAACCAGCUGAGGCUAUGCCAACCAUGCCAUGAGUAGCAACGCCUAUCCUCUUGCACUAGAUUUUGCGCCCGUCACCCACCCCGAGAUUUCUGUGGCGUCAUACUUUGACUUAGACCGUAAUCUAUCUGUAGGACCUUAUUAUAUCUUAGCAUUUUGAGGGAGUGCAGCCACAAAAGAAUGUCGAGCUCUCUGACCAUGGAACCAGACAGCCAGCUGGCCCUGUGAAACCAAAAGCUCUCCGCUAGCUUGGUUAACUAUUUUGGACGUGGUAGUGUAUGACAGCUGGUUGAUAUAUAACAUGUAGGGUGGAUUUAAAUAUGAAGAACGAUAUCAAGCUCUGGUUAUCCUGUUCACAAGCCUAAUUUAUUGUUUUC